UGUGGAGCGGAGUGAAAGUGAUAGCUCUCUCUCUUUCCUUAACGAGCUUCGCGUAUUUGCGAGUUGUCACUCGUCUUCCUUUACUGCGACUUGGCGUACGUAAUUUUAUUAAUUAAGUGUUGUUCGUGCUUGGAAGAUUAAGAGAUAACAAUGCAGUUCAUGUUAUUGAUGAUAUGCGUGAUCGGCGCUAGCGCUCACACUCUUGAGAUGCCUGAAGAUCCAAAGGAAAAAGGUCUGAUAGAUUGGAUAAAUAACUGGAUCGGAACAACAUCCACUCUACCGACCAUAGUAAUACCGGCAAACGAUCCACCCGAGGACUGCCCACCUUGCCAAUGCGGAAUUGCACGUACAAGAAGGCGCAUCGUUGGUGGGUCCGAAACCAAAAAACUAGAGUUGCCAUGGAUGGCAGCCCUUUUCUAUGGUGGAAGAUUCUAUUGUGGAGGCUCCGUCAUAAAUGAUUUGUACAUAGCUACAGCUGCCCAUUGUACUUCUGGAUUCCGCAAGGAGAAGAUCACAGUUCGAUUACUAGAACAUGACAGAAGCACGGUCAAUGAAACCAAGACUGUUGAAAGAAAAGUGGCCAGUAUCAUCAGACAUCUUAGAUACAACCCAAGCACAUACGAUAAUGAUAUUGCUUUACUAAAACUGGAUAAGAGAAUUGAUCUCAGCAGCGCCGUAAAGCGUGCUGGUUUAGGAGAAGAUGAAUCUGAUGUUAGCGACGUUGGUGUCCGCCCUGUUUGUCUGCCACCAGCAAACCUGUCAUUUAGUAACGAAACAGCCAUGGUUUCUGGAUGGGGCACUACGGAAGAGGGCGGAUCAGUUUCUAGUACCUUACAAGAGGUCCAUGUUCCAAUAUUAUCAAACUCUGAAUGCCGUGAAACCACUUAUGGAAGCCGAAUCACAGAAAACAUGAUUUGUGCCGGAUAUGAUGAGGGAGGCCGCGAUGCCUGUCAGGGUGAUUCUGGCGGUCCACUACACGUACGCAAUACUACUACUGAAGCUUAUGAAGUUGUUGGUGUUGUCUCCUGGGGGGAAGGAUGUGCUCGACCAGGCCGUCCUGGUGUAUAUUCAAGAGUAAACAGAUACUUGAGUUGGAUCAAAAGCAAUACAAGAGAUGCCUGCUACUGCCAAUAAAUUAACAGUCGGUCCCAUAAGAUAGAAGAAAAAAUAUAUAUUUAUUUUUGGCAAUUGUAAUUAGAAAACAAUUAUAGUAGGAACUAGUUAAAAAAGGAACACCACACAAAUAAAAAACACCAAGCAUAUCCUAGGCUCCCUUUAAAUUUUGUAUUAGUUAUUUUUAAUAAUAUGCUAUGUUUCAAGUGAAUGCUUGAAUCAUUAUGUAUUGACCAACAAACUUCAUAAGGAAGUACUGACAAUUGUAUUACAAAUGAUUAUUUAAAGAAUGACUUUUAUGUUUUAAUGAAGGUUCCUGAAAAACCUAAUUAUUUUUGCAAAACCAAUAUUUAUUUAACUAAGAAUGACAAUAAUUUAUUAAUUUAAUUUUAGUAAUAAAAGCUGCAAUUUAUUCAACAAAAAA